AUGUAGCAAACCAGUCCAAAAAAUGCAAAAUCAUCAACAGAAACUUUCAAACUAACUUUUGAUGAUUUUUUAAAAUUAGAUUUAAAAUAACUCUAGAUAAAUAUUAUUGGGACAGAGAAUGAAUAUGGAUUUAGUUUUACUUUAUAUAAAAUAUAAGUGAGACAUCCAAGUAUUCAAACAUUUAUUUGUAACAGACGAUACAAUGAAUUCUAUGCAUUACACAAAGUGGUAAAAUAAUUAAGUAAUGAUGAAAGUUAAAAAUGAAGUAUUGUAAUUUAGAUUUACCUUAAUUUCCAUCAAAACAUGAAUGGUUAUUUAAAACUGAGAAGAGAAAAGCUGGAUUUCAUCUAUUUUUGAAUAAGUUAGUUUUAAUAGCAAUGUAACAUCCCUAAAUAUAGAGCAAUAUUCUAAAAUUUUUAUAUUAUUUUUUGACAAGAGAUUGUAAAAUAAUAAAAAAUAAAAUAUAGUGUUAGGAAAUCAAAAAUAAAAUAUUUUUGCGUCAACAGAUCCUUAGAAUGAAGAUGAGCCUGAUUGGUAAUUUCGAUAUCAUAAUUUAUCAACUGAUGAUUAAAAUUAGGCUGGGAAUUAAAAGUAUGAUUAAUUAAAGAAAAUGGCAGCAAAUGUACAAUUAAGAUUUUCAGAUGAUGAAGUAUGGUAAACAUUCUAUGGGAAAAUUUAAGAAGGCACAUUAUAAUUAUUUCAACAUAUCUCUUAUAAUUAUUUCAGUUGUUAAAUAAUGUUAUUUCAAAUUAAAUUAGAAUUAUUGGAAGAUGUUAUUGUAAAUAUAGAGAUAUAAAUUAAUAGUUUAUGUAUCAUGAUUACGAUUAUUAAAAGAUAUAAUUAAAACCAGAGGAUCCUAAUUUAUUAAGAUUAUGGUACUCUUAGCUAAAAUUUGCAUCAUAGGAAGUAUUAUAAUGUGAAAGAAUGCAUGAUGAUUUCCAUUCUUUAGGAAAAGUUUAAAUUUAAAUAAAGGAGGCUUUUAAUCUAUCAAAUAUUAUUUAAGAUUCAUUUUUGUUUGUUAAGAUUUCUUUUCCUCCAUUUACUUGUUAAACGAAAUAACAUGUUUAUAGUAAUAAUCCAUAGUGGAGUUAAGAUUAUAUAUUUCCAAUAAUUGACUCUUUUUCAGUUAUACGAUUAGAAUUGAUUAGUGAGAUUUAAGAUGGCAUUUUAAAACGAAAAGUGAAAUAAUCUGUAAUAGGUAUGGCUGAAAUAUAGAUUGCUGAUUUAUUGAGUUAUCAUUCAGGAACUAAGUUUUCGGUAAUAAAUAUUGUAAAUCUAUAUAGAGAAUACAAUUACCAUUAAAUAGAGAUGCAAAUGGUAGUGAUAUCUUUUAAUUUUUAAAAAAGCAAUCUUAUAAUUUAGAAGAAUAAUAACCAAGUUUAAUUGUGACUAUUAGAAAUAUGUCAAGUCCUUUAUCACUUUUUGGACCAGGACCUGUAUUUUCAUACGAAAAUGAAUUACUAGAACCUGAUUUGACUGUCAUUAAAAUGAACAUUAUAAGAUUCAAAAGAAUAAUCUCAUUAAUGAUCUUAUUUCAAUUAUCAUUAGAAGAUGUAGUAGAUCAAAAAUAUCCAAGAUUAACCUUUAUUGUUUUUACAUUUAUGUUCAUCUUUAUUUUUUUUGCAGAUUUGAACAAUAUUUUGUAAUAUUUUGGAUUCAUACUAUUGUUUAUAAUGAUCUACUAACAUCCUACAAUACAUCAUCAUGUAAAAUUAUUUUUUGAUAAAUAUAUCUUAUGUGAAUUGAAUUAUUAUUAUAAAACUCCUUAAUUAUUUACUUAGGAAGAGAAAGAUCUUAAAAAGAAUACUUAAUCAUUAGAUAAAGUAAUUAAAUUUGAAGGAAAUGAAAUUAAAUUAGAAGUGGAUGAUGAAAAUGAACCAAAAGAAUCUUUUUAUUAAAAACUUAGAGCAAUAAAAAAAACUUUUUUUAUUGUUUAAUUAUACUUAACUUAUUUAAGUAACUUUGCAGAGAAAGUGAUAAAUUUAUUUACUUGGUAAGAAUAUCAUAGAACUCUUUGGUUUUUGUAUGCCAUAUUUUCACUUUAUUGCAUUAUUUGUAUUUUACCUAUUCGUUAUAUAAUGUUAGCAGGAAGUAUAUGUUUUAAAUUAAAUUAGUAAUAAAUGAAUGGUUUGAUGGAAGAAUAGUCUUCAAAAAAAGAUAAGCACAUAAUUAAAAAAUUGCUUAAGUAAUGAUGGAAUAUAUCUAUAAAAAACAUGCACCAGAAUUAGUGUGUAUUCCAAAUUAUCUAGAUGUUGCUUUUCCUAAAGGAGAUUUUAGAACUAAAAUGGCUAAUGAAUUAUUAAUGCAUUUAACUGUCUCCAUGAAUCAGGAAGAAGCUAAUAAAUAUUAAAAUGGAAACGAAGUUAUUAGGUAAUAUUUGAAUUAAUAGGUAGAGAUCUAACUACUUGUUCUCAAAGAUUAAAAUGGGUUUCAAUUACUGAUCACCAUUUUGUUAGAGAUUAGCUUUAUUAUGAAUUGCGUAAGAAAGGAAAGUUUAGAAUGAAGCCACAUUAUUUAGUGUAUUACACUAUUACUAAUUUCAUAUACAAUAUUCCAUCUUAAUAUUAUAGAUUACGAAGACCUAUUCAAUUAAUUAAAUGAGCC